AAGUGAAAGCGUUCAAUCGGACAGAUCACAUCCGGUAGUAAAUGUUAGGCAUGUUUUGGCUGUUUCCUCUCUGUUUAGUUUCAAUUUCAGUCUAAACCAGUGUUUAUCUCAAUUAUUUCCUGCUGUCAUGUCUCGGGGGUCAAGCGCAGGGUUUGACCGACAUAUUACCAUCUUCUCUCCGGAGGGAAGACUCUACCAAGUCGAGUAUGCUUUCAAAGCCAUCAACCAGGGGGGACUGACCUCUGUAGCAGUCAGAGGGAAGGAUUGUGUUGUGGUCGUCACACAAAAGAAAGUCCCAGACAAGUUGCUGGAUGCUGCAACGGUCACGCAUCUGUUCAAAAUUACAGAGAACAUUGGCUGUGUUUUGACUGGCAUGACUGCUGACAGCAGGUCUCAGGUGCAGAGGGCACGGUAUGAAGCAGCUAACUGGAUGUACAAGUAUGGCUAUGAGAUCCCUGUGGACAUGCUGUGCAAACGCAUGGCUGACAUCUCCCAAGUGUACACGCAGAAUGCUGAGAUGAGGCCGCUAGGCUGCUGUAUGAUUGUGGUUGGACUGGAUGAAGAGUUUGGUCCGCAGCUGUUUAAGUGUGAUCCAGCGGGCUACUACUGUGGCUUUAAAGCCACGGCAGCUGGAGUAAAACAGACUGAGGCCACCAGCUUCCUGGAGAAGAAAGUCAAGAAGAAACUGGAUUGGACCUAUGAGCAGACUAUAGAGACGGCUAUCUCAUGUCUGUCAACCGUUCUGUCCAUCGACUUUAAGCCCUCAGAGCUGGAGAUUGGAGUUAUUACUACACAGGAAUCUAAAUUCAAGAUCCUGUCCGAGGCGGAGAUUGAUGUUCACUUGGUGGCUUUGUCUGAGAGGGAGUGAGGAAAGUUGGCAGACAUUUUGCUGCAACACCAGAAAAUCGUGUUUCCUCCACACACAGGCCUUGUCUAGAAGUAAUGUAAAGGAGGAGUUGGUAUCAUCUUGUUCAGAAGAGACAAACUAAAAGCUGAACAAUCAAGAACAAUUUGGUCAUUUUUAUCAGGCGGGUGGAAUACAUUACCCAUCUGCACUGGCACUUACCCCUCCUUCAUUCUCUGUGGUCACACCCAGGACCUGACUGGACACCAUGUUCUCAUAUAUUGACCCCUCCAUUUAUUUUCCUUCUCACCUCGCUGAGACAUCCUUCACUGCAGGCAUCUGCCAAAUGACACACAGUUUGGAAAGACGCUGGACAUUCAUAUCUGUCAACGUGAGUCUGAUACACUCCUUGGUUGCGGGUGGUAUCAGCCAUCAGUCACUGUUUCCUCUCUGGAUAGAGCUUAGCCCAAAUGACUUCCGUUGACGAGUGUGAGAUGAGCAGAUUGGAGGACGGGGGUGUGGUACCACUACAACUACAGCACAAUACCUCUUACUUUGUAUGGACUUGGUGGUCCUGCAGCUUCUUGAGUCACUGUGUUCCAUCAGUGCUUCAAAUCUUUACUCAGGGCUGCCACAACGUGUAUCUCUCUCAUUUUAUUCUUCUGCUUUAAAGUCUCCUCUGAUGUUUAUGCUCUAAUGUACUUUGAUAAAAACCCAGGGAACAUCUGUGGGAAUUGUCCCCCAGUCAUCAUCACACCCCUGCUGAGGUCUGCUCAGGUCAACAAGUCUCAAAUAAUUUCAUUCUCCCCCUUGUGUUUUGAUCCUCCUCCUCCUCUCUGCUGUACAUUACUGCUCUUCUAUUAAACACAAUGUUUUUAUCGAUUA